CGGACUCAUACGCUGCGGGGAACCGAGAGGAGUGCGGAGUGUGUUAUCGCCACUGAAGCUCCCUCCGUCACACUCGAAGUGGAUGAACCACUUAGUGGAUUCUCCAGCGUCGAGAUUUGAAAGCCUUUGCGGUGGCUCGUAGUAAAGUGAAGAGAACGCGACAGACAACAACCGGAGUUAUCUUUGAACUUUGAACAAUGAAGUUUUGGAUUUGUGUACUUGGCAUUAUCUUGUCGGUGGAAUUUACGCAUGGGGGGACAAAGACUCAUGAGCCCUGUGCCGGGCGGGACUGUAGUUCGGGUGGAUGUCCCUGUAUCCCAUUAAAAGGCAGCAGGGGUCGCCCAGGGUCCUUAGGGUCAACAGGACCCAAUGGACCUGAGGGCUUCAGUGGGGCCCAGGGCCCUGUGGGACCUAAAGGAGAGAGAGGCCACCCAGGACGGGCAGGGUCCUCUGGACCCAAAGGAGACAGGGGUCCAAUGGGUGUUCCUGGCUUUCCGGGUACUGAUGGAGUUCCUGGUCACCCUGGCCAGGAGGGACCAGCAGGUUUUCCUGGAGUGAACGGAUGUAAUGGAACACAGGGCGAUCCCGGAAUCCCAGGUGGCUAUCCUGGGUGGGCUGGCAACCCGGGGCCCAGGGGUUUUCCUGGUCUCAAAGGGCAAAAAGGAGAACCAGUUUAUAUUCGUAAAAUCAUCUCGGCUCCACAUGGUCCUGCUGGUCCUCCUGGUGACUCUGGUCCUCCUGGUCCAGUCGGUCCGGCAGGUCCAAUUGGUCUCACUGGUUUGCCUGGCUUUCCUGGUCUACCAGGCCCUCCUGGGCCCACAGGAAACCAUGGUCAGGGUUACCAAGGAGAGACAGGAGAGAAGGGGGACGCAGGCCCGCAGGGACUCAGAGGGGUUGCUCUGUUGGGCUCACCACCUAUAAGCACUAUCAUCAACAAAGGAGAGAAGGGAGAUGUUGGCUUUGCUGGUGAAACAGGAAGACCUGGACUACCAGGUCCAGAUGGGCAAUGGGUGGAAAAUGGUGAGAGGGGAAUUCCAGGAUUACCAGGUGCACGGGGCCCUCCUGGUCUGAAUGGCCCACGUGGAGAAGACGGUUUUCACGGACCUCCUGGAAGCCCUGGCAUACCUGGGCAAGCAGGCUUUAUAGGUCCUAAAGGUGACAGAGGAGAUCCAGGUCUGCCAGGCCCUCCAUCCUUUUAUAAUGAUCUUGGAGAAUUUUUGCAAGGUCCUCCAGGUGACCCUGGUCUUGAUGGGCUUCCUGGAUACGUUGGAGAUGUGGGUCUACCAGGUUCUCCUGGACAACCGGGCCUCCCAGGGGCUGCAUCCCUCACUCCAGGUCUUCCUGGUUUACCUGGAUUCCCUGGUGGUGCUGGGCCCAAAGGAGAGAAGGGGAAUCCAGGUCGUCCGAGCUAUAGUCCUGAGGGUGAGUCUGGAAGCAUUGGUUUACCUGGACCUCAAGGCCCCCCUGGACCUCAAGGCCGAAGUAGCUCGCCUGAUCCGUUUACUGUUGAAAGAUCUGGACAACCAGGUGUGAAAGGUAGCAGAGGGCCUCCAGGAAACAGAGGUCAUAAAGGGUUUAAAGGGGAUCUUGGAGAUUGUAAUUGCUUGGGCGGAGGAACCGCAGGGGAACGGGGGCCUCCAGGGGAUCCAGGGCUCCCUGGUAUCAUAGGAGACAAUGGGCAUAAAGGAGGAGUUGGUGACCAAGGAACUCCAGGCAACCCUGGACUACAAGGACCAAGUGGUCAUCGUGGACAAAGAGGCUUUCUUGGGUCUAAAGGAGAGAAGGGAACCUCUUACUUUGCUGGAAGACGAGGACAGAAAGGUGACAGGGGUCAGUCAGGGCCUCCUGGCCCCCCUGGUGACAUCGCCAUACCUGGAAGAGAUGGUUCCCCUGGCUACCCUGGGCAACCAGGACCACCGGGAGAUGGUGGUUUUGGGGUUAUUGGAGAUAGAGGCCCGCCUGGUUUUGCUGGAAAGAAGGGUCAACCUGGUGGACAGGGUGAGCCUGGCAUUGGCUACCAAGGCCACAGGGGUGUUAGAGGCUUUCAAGGGGACCCAGGCAUCACUGGGCUUCCAGGACCACCAGGACUGCGAGGGCCGUCAGGUGACAGCUGUGGGCGGGCAGGGCUUUAUGACGCCUCUUUCGGAGAGGGAGGACAGACACUACCCUGCAUAAUCCAAGGGGAACCUGGGAAUCCAGGAUUCCUUGGACAACCAGGAGUUCCAGGUUCUAAGGGUAAUUCCGGUCCCAAGGGAUUAAAAGGACAUCCAGGGUUUGACGGGUUAAAGGGUGAAAAAGGAGACCCAGGCAUUGGAGGUUUACCAGGACCACGAGGUUUCCCUGGACAACGAGGAGAUCCAGGUUUGCCAGGUUCCCCAGGCAUUGGUCUCCCUGGGCCUCCAGGUAAAGCUGGACACCCUGGGCUUCCGGGACGAAAAGGUGAACAUGGCGAGGCUUUUGGGGCUGUUGCAGGAGCCCCAGGAAUUUCAGGGCGUUUCGGAGAGCCGGGAAACAAGGGUCAACAGGGCACUCCUGGAUUACCAGGUGGAAGUGGUUUUGAUGGACACACAGGUAUCCCUGGUGUGAAGGGUGCGAAAGGCAUAACUGGUCCCCCAGGCCCCGCAGGACUGCCAGGUUCAGUGGUUCCUCCCUCUCCUGGAGUGACCGGCGCUCGAGGACCACCUGGCAACCCUGGACCCCAUGGAGCUGCAGGUUUUCCAGGGCUCAAAGGCUCAAAUGGAGAUGCAGGACGCCCAGCCCUUGCUGGAAAGAAGGGCCCUCCUGGCCUGCCUGGACGUCCAGGAUCACAGGGGUCCGUGGGACUCCCUGGAGCCCCUGGCCCAAUACGUAGUGGAAUCCCAGGAAGUCCAGGGAAGAAAGGAGAAAAGGGUCUCCCUGGGUUCGUGGGAUUUCAUGGAACACCUGGACGCCCUGGAGGGCCUGGACUGCCUGGGAGUAAAGGAAUGCCUGGAUUCCCAGGAAAAGAUGGUGCACCUGGGAGUAGAGGAGGAUGGGGACCCAAAGGGGACUCUGGACAACCAGGCAAAUCAGGACACCCCUCUCCAUUUGGUUUAAUGCAGAAAGGUGAACGAGGUGCUCCCGGAGCUCUUGGCCUGUCAGGGUUUACAGGACAGAGAGGUGAUAAGGGAUUUCCAGGGACGUCUGGUCAUCAGGGCUUACCUGGUCUGCCAGGACCUCCUUCCCAAACCAAAGGCUUCAGGGGUGAUCCAGGAUUACCAGGGCUCCCAGGUCCUCCUGGCUCUAUAGGGACUAGAGGAUCACCUGGUCUUUUGGGUUUCACUGGUAUGCCAGGCCCCAGAGGUGAUGAUGGAGCUUCAGGUUUGCCUGGAUUGCCUGGUAGUCCAGGACUGCCUGGUAACAAAGGUGAGAAGGGCAUGUCCACUGGAACACAUGGGAGCCCUGGAGCAAAAGGACUGGUAGGAGGCCCUGGAUUCCCUGGUGGCCAAGGUGUUGCUGGUGAUCAAGGUGCUCCUGGUUUCCCUGGAGGUUCUGGUUUUCCUGGGCAGAAAGGUGUACCAGGAGAUAAAGGAAAGCCAGGACUCAGUGGUUUGGCUGGGCGUCCUGGUGGUAGAGGUUUCAAUGGUUACCCAGGACAGAAGGGACGGAAUGGUGAGCUCGGGCGUGCUGGAUUUACAGGCUGGCCAGGACAAAAGGGUUUACCUGGCUCACCUGGUUUAGAUGGACUCAAUGGACUUCCAGGACCCAAAGGUCAACUAGGAGUACCUGGUGUGCCGGAGAGUGGUAGACCUGGAAACCCUGGAAUAAAGGGUCUGAAGGGAGAACAAGGCUCAUCAUGGCCUGGAUUGCCAGGACUUCCUGGAGAAAAGGGGACCAGAGGAGAGAGUGGUUUCCCGGGUCAGCCAGGUUCCCCGGGUGCUCCAGGCCCUCGUGGACCACUUGGUUCUUCUGGUUUCCCAGGACCUCUGGGAGACCCUGGUCUUCCAGGAUUGGAUGGUGAACAAGGUUUACCUGGCCCCUCUGGUCCUCCUGGUCCAGUUGGUCCUGGAACAGUCCAGGGUGAUAGAGGAGAUGAUGGGGUCCCUGGUUUCCCUGGAAUACCUGGAAAACGUGGUGAAACUGGAAUUCAGGGAGGAACUGGUGAACAAGGAAGCUCUGGACUCAAAGGAGCAAGAGGUGAUCCUGGAAUAAGUGGGCUACCAGGACUGCCAGGUGUCACAGGGGACCAAGGGUAUUAUGGUAACAAAGGACCAAAAGGAUUAAAAGGUGAGCCUGGUCAGAAAGGACUGCCAGGAAUUGCUUUGCCACCAAAGAUUGUGGAAAUGCCAGUUGGGCUUCCUGGACUGCAGGGUACUGUUGGCCCCACUGGUUUGGUAGGACCACCUGGCCAGAAUGGGUUUUCUGGACGUCCAGGUCUAAAAGGAAAGGCUGGAUUGUUUGGGAAGCCUGGUCACACUGGACCUGCUGGAGCUCCAGGACUUACUGGAGACCCUGGACACCUGGGAUUUCCUGGACGUUCAGGCAACCAUGGUGUUCCUGGUAGGCGGGGUCUGCCAGGUGUCCCAGGUCUGCCCACACGCAGCAUUGCCGUUGGCUAUAUUCUGGUGAAGCACAGCCAGUCCAGCCAUGUGCCCAUGUGCCCUCAGGGUAUGGCAAAGAUGUGGGAUGGCUACAGCCUGCUUUAUGUGGAGGGUCAGGAGAAGGCCCACAACCAGGACCUAGGAUUGGCUGGCUCCUGUCUGCCUCGCUUCAACACCAUACCCUUCCUGUACUGCACUCCCAGUGACCUCUGUUACUAUGCCAGCCGCAAUGAUAAAUCCUACUGGCUGUCAACCACAGCACCAAUUCCCAUGAUGCCAGUGGCGGAGCAGCAGAUCACACAGUACAUUAGCCGUUGCUCAGUGUGCGAAGCCCCUGCUCUGGCAGUGGCUGUCCAUAGCCAAGACACCACCAUCCCCACCUGCCCACAUGGGUGGAGAAGCUUAUGGAUUGGUUACUCCUUCCUUAUGCACACAGCCGCGGGUGCGGAGGGCGGGGGCCAGUCACUGAUGUCUCCUGGCUCCUGCCUGGAGGACUUCCGUGCCACACCCUUCAUCGAGUGCAAUGGGGCCAGAGGUACCUGCUUCUUCUUCAACAACAAGCACAGCUUCUGGCUGACCACAGUGGAGGAGGAGGGGCAGUUCGUGCAUGGCCCCAACCCUGAGACACUGAAGGGAGAGCAGUACCGCUCCCGCAUUAGCCGGUGCCAGGUCUGCAUGAAGGUCCUGUAGCCUGUGCAGAGGGACUUGAACAGAAGGAGUGGAAGAGGAGUAGAGUGAGGGAGGGAGAUGAGGAGAGGAGUGUGUCCACUAUAUAGGAAACAAAUGGACUGACCAACUUCUUUCAUGCCCUUACUACCAAGCAAUGCCAUGAAACAUGGGGCUCCAGCUUAAAGGAGCUGAGAUGGGGUGAAGUUGGAUUUCUUUUCCCUUAUUUAUCAACAGUGGUGCUUCAUAAAACAUUGAUUUUUAUUUACAUUCUUUUUUUUGGUACUAUUGUUUAUAUUUCCUGUCAUGGUUUGUCUCACACUCUCCGAGGUAGCCGUAAAUAUGUAUCCUCACUCCCCCGGGGGCAGUGCUGAACCCCAAAGUUAUGACUCCAGUUAUAAAGUAACAUAAAGCAAAAUCUUCAGACUCAGCUGGUGACAGGUGUGCUGGUCUCCACUGCAAAUGCCUAUUAGAAAGAUAUUUUGAUGUUUUUUUUACUAACAUUGCCAACAACUCUCUCUCUCCCAGCACUUUUAGAAUUUAUAUGAAUGAGUAAGACACUGCCCAGUGGUUAACACUUAUAAUUACAAUUCUGUCUAAACCCAUACAUGUUUACUCUUAAUGUAUUGCACUGAAGUGAAUAUCUGGGGGAAAUGUAAUAGAGUUCCCUGAUGUGGCUCCUUUUGCUGCUGAUCUGUGACAUCUUUGGCUUUGGCACCUACACACACUCAUUCUCACGUUUUACCUCCAACAAGAACCUUGAUAAAUAUCAUCACAUACCAUUUCUCCCUCUUUGAUUGACUGACUCUUAGCCCAACACUGACUAAUGCAUCUCAUCCUCCUUAGAUAUUAUUGUUAUUGUGAUGUGAUAUGAAAAAUGAUAUGAUCGUUUUUG